CGUCUCCCAUGCCGUUCCGAAGCACCACAUCGACUCUCACUGGCCUUGCGCUGCUUCGGAGUCUGUUGCUGUGCACAUCAGGCUGCCGUCACCGCUUUUUGACUCUGUCCUUUUCCGGGGAUUAGCCGACGGGCUGAGUUUGUGGGUGACGACACUUGCGCAGGCUGAGGACGUAGCAGAGAGUAUCACGUUGCGCCGAUGAAUCUCCUUGACGCAUACCAGCCUUGGACUCGUUAGCAUCCAAGCAGGCUUAGGGAAGGAAUGUCAUGUUCCCCGCCACCGCUCUCAUCGCUCUCUGCAUCGCUGCUGUCUCCCAGGCGCAGCAAAUCGGCACGCUGCAGGCGGAGGUCCACCCGUCGAUCACUACGUCGAAGUGCGCUGCAGACGGGACGUGCACUACGACGCAGAACGCGAUCGUCCUCGACUCGAACUGGCGAUGGACCCACUCGACGUCGUCCGCGACCAACUGCUACACCGGAAACACCUGGAACUCGGCUCUGUGCCCUGAUGCCACGACUUGCGCGCAGAACUGUGCCCUCGACGGCGCGAACUACCAGAGCACCUACGGAAUCACGACCACCGGCAAUGCCGUGACGCUCAAGUUCCUGACUGGCUCGAACGUCGGCAGCCGUGUCUACCUGAUGGCGGACAACACCCACUACGAGAUGUUCCAGCUGCUGAACCAGGAGUUCACGUUCACGGUCGAUGUGUCCCAGCUGGGAUGUGGUCUCAACGGCGCGCUGUACUUGACCGAGAUGGAUGCCGACGGUGGAAUGUCUCGUUUCCCGAACAACAAGGCCGGUGCCCAGUACGGUACCGGCUACUGUGACGCGCAGUGCCCUCAAGAUCUCAAGUUCAUCAACGGAUUGGCCAACUCUGCCAACUGGACCCCUUCCACGAACGACCCCAACACGGGUACUGGCGCGAUGGGAACCUGCUGCAACGAGAUGGACAUCUGGGAGGCCAACAAGUUCGACACGGCCUACACGCCUCACUCCUGCUCUGUCGUCGGCCAGACGAUGUGCACUGGCACAGACUGCGGUGUCGGCAGCGACCGCUACAAGGCUCUCUGCGACAAGGAUGGCUGCGAUUUCAACUCCUACCGCUGGGGCGACAGCAGCUUCUUCGGACCCGGCCUCAAGGUCGACACCACGAAACCCGUCACGGUCGUGACCCAAUUCCUGACCAACGACAACACCACGACCGGUACUCUGUCCGAGAUUCGCCGGCUGUACGUCCAGGGCGGCAAGGUCAUCCAAAACUCCGCGGCCAAGACUCCUGGUCUCACUCAAUUCGACUCGGUUACCGACGCGUUCUGCAACGCGCAAAAGAACAUCACUGGAGAUACCAACAGCUUCGAGGCCCGCGGCGGUCUUGGCACGAUGAGUGCUUCGCUCAAGCGCGGCAUGGUUUUGGCGCUCUCGCUCUGGGACGACGACGCCGUUGGAAUGCUCUGGCUCGACGGACAACAGUACCCGACCACCAGCAGCGCGACCGCUCCUGGUGUUGCCCGUGGACCCUGCUCGGCGACCUCCGGUGACCCCAAGACCGUCCAGUCCCAGCAGCCCAACGCGCAGGUUAUCUACUCGGAUAUCAAGACCGGCCCGAUCGGCUCGACCUUCAAGACCGCCACGACCGGCGGAGGCUCCGGCUCCCCUCCCUCUUCAUCGUCGGCUUCCCACUCUGCUUCUUCGACCGCCAGCUCGACGACUACCAGCUCCGGCUCGACGUCCACCGGCGGCACGAUCCCCAAGUACGGGGAGUGUGCUAACAACGUUCCUGGAACCUGUGUCGCUGGCACCACCUGCGUGUUCAGCAACCCCUUCUACUCUCAGUGCUUGUAGAUCUUCGAUGGCCUUACACGGUGUUGCGAUGGUUCGAGUUGAUACACUAUUCCUGCUGUAAAUCACCUCUUGUAAAUUACCUGUGGAAUCAAAA